AUGCGGGCAUCCAUGGAUCUGCCGCUCAAGAGGACGCCGACCCACUACCGCCCCGUCGCCGGCCGCCUCGCCGCCGACGGCGAUGGCGAGCUCCUGCGCAUCGAGGGCGCGGUCGUCGUGCCAUUCGUCGCCGCGGGCAUGGCAGACGUCAAUGUGCCGUUGCUCGGGGGCCUCGCGGCGCGGUACCCCGGCAGGUUUUGUCACCACGCCGACUCGUUGCUCCUGGUGCAGGUCAACGAGUUCACCUGCGGCGUUCCUGGGGCCGUCGGGGAACUCGCGCACUGGGCGUCCUUGGCGCCGUCUGUCACGCCUUUCCACGCCGACGAUGGGUCACUCCCACAACUCCUGUCGUCAAUUGUCGCCGCAAAGAAGCUGGGGGCAGCUCAGAGUUCGAUGCCACCGGCCUCGGCGACCCAUGCACGGUUUUCGAAGCUGUCGCAGCGGUGGCAGUGCCGGACCCGCGCGACCGUCGUCUCCGUGUACGACGAGGCCCCCGUAACCCUCUCGUUCGCGGCCAACAUGCGUCGGCUCGUAGGCGCCAGGCCCGGGUACUACGGCAAACAACACAGUGUUGUAGUCGCUGGGCUUGCCACUGUCUUGUUUUCAGUUCUAACAACCGUUGUUUCUCAUGGGGUCAAAAUGAGACUUGUGCAGCAAGGAGCAGAGGAGAUAAGGGUAGAGGAAGACAACCGUCGAGGCGACGCAGGUUACUCUGGCGAGCUGAGCAGAUCCAAGAUGAGUAAUCCAUGUGAAUGUUGCGGGAUAAAGGUUAAGUUUCUAAGGAAGAUCAAUGGCAACUUCAUGCACAGCCUGGUCAUACCAGAGUGGUUUGUGAACCAAUUUGGAGGAAAGAUAUGGGGAACAGUCAGACUAGAAACCUCUGAUGGCAACCUGUAUGAUGUUGGAGUCACUAAGAGUAUGAACAGAACAAUAUUGAAGUCUGGAUGGACAACAUUCCUUAAUGCCAAUGAAAUAGAAGAGAACUAUUCUUUGGUGUUUCGAUACCUUGGAAAUGCCCGCUUUGAGGUUACAAUAUUUGAUUCCAAUGGUAAAGAGAAAACCUGGUGCUGUUCUGGGAUGAGAAAUGCCUCUGGUGUUCACAAGGCAAGCACAUUUGAUAUUGAUAAUUCUAGUAGCCUUGGCGGUACUAAAUGCAAGUACCAGAAGGAUCAGAUUCACAAGGCAAGUGAAGGAUCAGAUUCAGAUGGAAGCCAGAAGGAAAGAUCUUAUUCUUAUGCAGAAUCGUCAGAAGACAAUCUAUCUAUAGACAAUCCACUUGAGUCAGAUGAUGUUAGGGAUUAUUAUGUCUUAUCGGGGAAGUGCGAUCUUACAGAAGCAGAGGAGUUGAAAUUACAUGCAUUUGUACAGAAGAUUCGACCUAAAAUCCCUGUGCUUGUUGUACUCAUGAAAAAGAGUAAUGUGAAACCUCAUGGUGAUCUGGUAAUACAUAAGCAUUACGCACACAAGUACCUUCCAUGCAAAGAUACAAAUAUCAUACUCCAGGUGCCUAGGAAAAACAAGGUUUGGGAGUGCAAGCUCCAUAUCAGACCAUCUGGCUCGACUGGUGCUGGUCGGCGCAACCUUUCUUUGGGCGACUUUGUUGGUGACAAUCUCGUUAGGGAGGGCGAUAUCUGCCUAUUUGAACCAAUGACAAAUGCUAAGCAGAAAAGAUUCACAAUGACAGUCCACCUCCUUGGCAAGGUUAGUAUUGAUUAUUCCCCUGGAAGAGCAACACACAUUGGCUCUAAUCAUGGAAGGAGAAGCACCAAGAUGGGCGGUGUUAAGACCAAACCACCUAUCAAUGGUGAAGAGUACUCUUCACAACAUGAAGAGUAUGGUGUAUUUGAUGAUUCUAAAAAAGGUUCUGAACCUCCAUUCAUGUUGCCUGAUAGAUCUUGUCUAACACCAGCACAGGAGAACAAAGUGCUGGAGAAAAUUGAAGACAUUGAUUCAGACUCAGAAUUGCCCUUUUAUGUUGCCAUCAUUGGCAAGAUCAAUGUAUGUCGGGGUAACAGCCAUUACAAUAACCCUCCCAUCCUGAACUUUGGGUUUUGGUAUGCGGCUAAGUAUCUUGGAAAGAAGUUCGCUGCUGACCAUCAUGGUGGCAAGUGUAAUGCAAUCAGUUUGGUGCUUCAGCGGGAGGGGAAGAGCAGACCAUGGCCUACCAAGCUGCGAUAUACACAUAUCAUGCGAGCCUCGAGCCAGCAGAUGAGGAUUAUUAAAGGAUGGCCGUCUUUCGCCUGCGACAACCGCCUGCGGGUGGGGGACCUCUGCCUCUUCAAGCUGAUGGAGAACGAGGAGCAGUUGACGAUGACGGUCUACAUCAUUCGCCGUGAGAAAUGUUAG